ACGUAAGUUCCGGUUAAAACAUGGCUGCGCCCUGACAAAUGUCACACUCUUUGUUUGGCUGAAAACAGUCAGUUAAAUUCCAUAUCUCUAUCAACUGUGGAGCGAAAAAUCGAAAGGAAAUAGCUGUGUCAAUUAUCUUUGCGUCAUUCUACGUCCUGAGAGGGUUUUUCACCGGACAUCAUGGUGCAUUUAUCGUCCCUCCUCCUGAAGAACUACCACAGCGGCUACGUCGUCAUCAGGCUCGCUCUCGCCGGCCAUAAACAAGCAAACCGACCCUUUUAUCGCAUCGUGGCAGCUUACAACAAGAGAGCAAGGGAUGGUAAAUACAUCGAGCAGCUGGGCACCUUUGACCCCCUCCCUAACAUCUACAACGAGAAGCUUGUCAGCUUCAACUUCGACCGGAUCAAGUACUGGAUCGGCUGCGGAGCGCACCCGACCAAGCCGGUAGCCAAACUUCUAGGGUUGUCUGGGUUUUUCCCCCUCCACCCCAUGACUGUAACAGAGGCAGAGCGUCGAAGAGCUCAGGCGAAGCUGGCAGAGACUGCAGAAGGAACAGAGGACUCUCAGGAGGGAAAACAGACUCAAAUUUGAUCGGGUCAAUGGGAAGCUGUUGUUAUUUUGAGAGAGAACUUAGAAAAAUGCUUACUUUCUUUCUUGGUGGACUUCUCACAGCAACUGAUCUAACAUCUUGCAGAACAAGCUUCUUCAAAAGUGUCACCUCAUAAUGUUUAAAAAAAAUGAACAGCUUUGAGUUGAUUGUGAAUAUGGGAAGGCUGCAUCAUGUUUUGUUUAUUUGUGGUAAAGUUGCAGAUUUGUUUUAUUAUUAAAAGCUUUGUGCGAAAGCA